AUGGAAGAAAUAUUUAUUACACAGUUUACUCGUUUUUAUGCUCGACGAACUACAUUAGCAAAUCGUAUAGUAGGUGAAGAACAUCUUAAUGUUUUUUCAGCUAAUAUAGUUCAACUAUGGAAAAAACAACGUAAGAUACUUAAUCCAACAUUUAGUGGAGCAAAAAUGAGACGAUUAUUACCAACAGUUGAAGCAUGUAUUAAUGUAUUUAUGGAAAGGUUAGCAUUAAUACCAAACGGAACAAUGAUUAAUAUUUAUGAACUAUAUAAACGAUUAACAAUGGAUACUAUUUGUCAAUGUGCAUUUAGUAUUAAUACAGAAGUGCAAUGUGAUCUUAAUAAUAAUAAUAUUUAUAUGAAAAAAGUAGCAGAAUUAUUUCAACACGAUUUUGAACGUACACGUCUAGGUAAAAUACAUCGUGCUACAUCUGAUACACUAUUAGCGAAUGUAUGGGCGUUUAUAUAUCGUUUGCAACAAUUUUUCAAAGGUAAAAAUUCAUCUCUUCCAGCUGGUAUUUGGUUGAGAAAACAUAUGUACGAAUUUAUCCAACAAAGAUAUAUUGAUCUAAAUAAAAAGAAAUCUGUUGAGGAUUUUGUUCAAUUGAUGAUUGAUGCUGUACAUUCAGACAAGGAACAACUAUUGCCAACUGAACUGUUAAGUAAUGUAUUUAUUAUUCUUAUCGCUGGUUUUGAAACAACAUCAACAGCACUUGCUUAUUGCACAUAUCGUCUUGCUAUACAUCCAGAUAUUCAACAAAAAUUAUAUGAAGAA